CCUCUCCUUGGCAGUUCAGGAAGCUUAAUUUUUGUCCAUGCGCGCCUUGUUUCCAGCUCAGGUGAACCUAGUCAUGCUAAUCACACUGGAAAUACAUCCCUCAUCCAGAUCCCAGGGCUCACAGAUGGAUUCAGUGGAAAAGACAACAACUAGAAGUGAACAGAAAUCAAGAAAGUUUUUAAAAAGUCUCAUCCGGAAACAGCCCCAGGAACUGCUCCUGGUCAUUGGGACCGGUGUCAGUGCUGCAGUGGCCCCAGGGAUCCCCGCCCUCUGCUCGUGGAGAAGCUGCAUCGAGGCCGUCAUCGAGGCCGCAGAGCAGCUGGAGGUGCUUCACCCAGGGGACGUCGCCGAGUUCCGCAGGAAAGUGAUGAAGGACCGGGACCUGCUGGUUGUCGCGCAUGAUCUGAUCCGGAAGAUGUCACCUCGCACAGGCGACACCAAGCCCAACUUCUUCCAGGACUGCCUGAUGGAGAUUUUCGACAACCUGGAGCAGCACAUCCAGAACCCUCUGGUGCUGCAGUCCAUCCUCAGCCUGAUGGAGAGGGGCACCAUGGUCCUGACCACCAACUAUGACAACUUGCUGGAGAUCUUCGGGCAGCAACAGAACAAGCCCAUGGAGUCUUUGGAUUUGAAGGACAAGACUAAGGUCCUUCAGUGGGCAAGAGGACACAUCAGGUACGGAGUCCUCCACAUUCACGGCUUGUACACAGACCCCUGCGGGAUGGUGCUGGAUCCAUCGGGAUAUAAGGAUGUCACUCAAGACCCAGAAGUCAUGGAAGUUCUCCAGAACUUGUACCGCACCAAAUCUUUCCUGUUUGUGGGCUGUGGAGAGACCCUUCGGGAUCAGAUAUUCCAAGCUCUCUUCCUUUACUCGGUGCCGAAUAAGGUGGAUUUAGAGCACUACAUGGUUGUGCUCAAGGAGGAUGAAGAUCAUUUCUUUAAGCAUCAAGCAGACAUGCUUUUGCAUGGAAUUAAAGUAGUGUCCUAUGGGGACUGUUUUGACCAUUUUCCGGGAUAUGUGCAAGACCUCACCACACAGAUCUGCAAACAGCGAAGUCCAGAUGCUGAUCGAGUGGACAGCACCACGUUGUUGGGUAACGCAUGUCAGGACUGUGCGAAGAGGAAGUUAGAAGAGAAUGGAAUUGAAGUUUCAAAAAAACUCAGACCGUCAGAUACAGAUGAUGCCGGAGGGUCUUGAAAUUUUUAAAACCAAUAAAACCUGCAACUUGAAAACCAGCCUUCUGUAACCACAGUGCCAUACCCAAACGAUGAGGAAUGUUCAGAGAACUCCACACAGGAUCUCUCAGUUCCAAACCAUCAUAUACCCCAGAAGAGCCAUGUGGGUGUGUGGCCCUUGGAGGCUGGGUGAAGAGUUCCACUAUGUGUGUUUAGCUGCUCCGGAGGGGAAGCAUACACACUUCAGGUGUCCUUUGUGAGGACAGAUGGACAGCUACCUCAGGGACCAGACAGGCAGGAAGCGAGAUAGGUGGUAUUCCUGACGCCUGCUUGACAUGCCCUUUGGUCAAGGUGGUUUUUUCUAAUAAAAAGGGGAGAGUGAAGAGUGUCCAAGCAACAGUAGUUGCCAAAGAGAAAAUAAGAAACUAGACACUUACAUUUUAUAAUUUUUAUGUGGAAACAUCUGUUACUG